GAAUGAAAGACACUUGACCGUUGUUAUGCGUCAUUUCCAAAAACUAGCCGUUGCUCUACUUUGUUUUCCAAUUCUAAUAAAAACCCUAAAUCCAUCACUCUCAUAGUCACAAAAAAUAAAUCACUCAAACCCAAUAUCUGAAAAACCAAUUCUCGGAAAUGGCGUCAAGAACAGCGUCCAAAGACAUAAUCACACUUCGUGGUUCAGCCGCAAUCGUCAGUGAAUAUUUUGGUUAUGCAGCAAAUAGCAUUUUGUACAACCGAGGAGUAUAUCCUGAAGAAAAUUUUAAAAAAGUGAAGAAAUAUGGUCUCACAAUGUUGCUUACUGAAGAUGAAGGUGUAAAGACCUUCAUUUCCAACUUGACUGCCCAACUUGCUGAGUGGUUGGAAGCUGGAAAGCUACAAAGGGUGGUUCUUGUGAUCAUGAGCAAGGCCUCUGGUGAGGUAUUAGAGAGGUGGAAUUUCAGUAUCGAAACUGAUAGCGAGGUUGUUGAGAAAGGUGUUUCAAGAGAGAAAAGUGAUAAAGAAAUAAUGAGGGAAAUUCAAGCAAUUAUGAGACAAAUAGCGUCCAGCAUCACUUAUUUGCCUUGCCUUGAGGAACCAUGUGUGUUUGAUGUGUUAGCAUACACUAAUACUGAUGUUGCAGUUCCAUUCACUUGGAUUGAGAGUGAUCCUAAACUGAUUGCAAAUCCACAAAUGGUGAAACUGCAUUCUUUUGACACCAAGAUUCACAAGGUUGACACUUUGGUUUCGUAUAAAAAUGAUGAUGAAUGGGAUGAGUCCUAGACCACAUCCAUAUUGUACUUUACUUGGUUGACAUUGUGUGUGAAUCAUUGAUUCACAUUUUGUAUGUUAGAUUGUGCAAACCUUGAAACAUCUGUUAGUUGUUGUAUCCUCAAUGAAGACCGAACGAAAUUGAAG